AUGGCGAAGGGUCAUGGGAAAUCCUCUGCCACCUCUGCUACGAAAAAGAAACAUGCUAAAAAGCAUGCUGGUCCGGUAGACGAGCCCAUUCCCAAGGAGAAGAAACCCAAAGGCAAGGACAGGGGGAAGAAAAAAGAACCCAAGCAAAAGAUAUACAUUGCUCCAAUUAAACCAGCCCCCAUCCAACCAGAUCCCCUUGAAACCACUGGUCUCGCGCACAAACUCCCUGCCGAUCUGCUUGUCGUACUACGCAGUUUCAACAAGAAAGCUCAACCCACCAAGCAACGCGCGUUGGAGGAGCUACAGUCAGCAUGGGUCGACAAGUGUCAGAAGGAGGGUGAGGAUAGUCCACUUGUCUAUACGCUGGUGGAGAUGUUGCCAGUGUGGCUGCAUCACAUAUCAGCCCUUUUUAUACAUCCUUCUCGCAGGAUCCGCGCUCUGACGGCCUCGUUGCAUACAUCUUUUCUCCAAAUCUCUCCUGUACGGGACCAGAUCCUCUUCUUCUUACGUGAAACGGCAACACCCUCUCAAUUGGAGAGUAUCCUGGGGACGUGGUGCAUAGCCGCACAUGAUGUUGAUAGGGUAGUCUCGGUUUCAGCACUGAAGGCGUGGAAGGACGCUGUUGGCUCGACUACCCAGAGUCAUCUUGUGUUGGAUGAUGGCCGCCGUGCGUCGCUUGUAGCAUUCGUGCAAAAAACAGCACUGUAUCCUUCUGAGAUGUAUGUACAUCUUAAUCCUGCUCCUCCUGUUCCACCACCACCCCCGCCGUCGAAAAAAACCUCAAUCCCGACGUGGAAGGACGACGGUGAACAAAACUCGCGGACAAAGGGGGAUGAACAAGAAGAGGAUGAACAGGACCGCAAAUCAAGAUUGCGCGUUGGCGCACUUGGUGUCGCUAGAUGGAUCUUGGAAAAUAUUCCAUCGUCGUCUGAAGAUCUCAAGGGGCUUUUACUUGAUCCAGUGCUCUGGACAUCUUUGCAUCAUGCAGAAAAGUGCCCUUGGGCGGCCGUCGAACCCUUUGGAUGGGGCCAACCCAAUGUUCGCAAAGCUGCUUGGGCGCUUGUCCAGACACUUCUUACCACUCAAAAAGGGCAUUUGAAGCCCGUCGUUCCGAUCCUGGGUCCAGCCAUCCUGCGGUCAGCCUGGGUGGAACCGGAUCUGGCCGUACAAACGACCAUGUGGCAACCAUUACUCACCUUUUUGAAGGAAUUUCCAAAUUCCUGGGAACUCGAACUCGAACUCACAGGAAUCAUAGACGAGGAAGGCGAGUCGAGCUCAGAAGACGAGAGGGAGAUGGAUGAGAGAAGUAAACCGACAAAACCAACAUAUGCAUCGACGAUCGGGCGACCCUCGUCUGCUUAUCGAGAAUUCCUCCAAUUUUUGGAAUUGGGGUGUUCGGGAUCGCCGAUGCAAGGCUACCCUACAGUCAUCAUAAUUCUCUCAUCCAUCCCAUCUUCGCUCAUCGCGUCAUAUUCCUCUUCCCCAUUACCCGACCUCUUCAAAUCCUUUUGGGCAGCUAUUGACAGUCGCGCUUUGAGUUCUCUACGCCGAUCAGCAACGUCUGCUGCAUUUCUCGCGUCCCUUUUGGAAUGCAUGGUUUUCUUGCUUAAGAGGCUCAGGAGUGACGAAUCGCGCGACGGGGUUGAUGCUGGAAUCAUCCCGCGUUCAUCCUCAGAAACAGUCGAAGGUCUUGGUCAAAGUUUGGUCAAGCAGGAGUUCACUCGUGUCUGGAAUGAACUGGCUGUUGAGAAGCUGAAGGUCGAGGAGAGGGCUGCCGCGAGACUCUUAGCACAGACGUUGGAGUCUUUAUACGACAUGAACUGGGGACUGUUCAACUCUGCAUGGAGCGCCCUCUCAGAAGCAAUGAGGCAUGCCGAAGAGACGAACUCGAGCAUAAAUUUGACAUUCAGCCUGCUGAAGGUCUUCUACAACCGGUUCAAAGAUGGAACUCCCUUGAAGUUUGCUGUAUCUGAGCUCCUGGUUGAGUUAUUAAUAUCAUCCGUUGACAAAUGCAGGAAAGCAUUCGAUUCUGGUGUACCAAAGAGUGGCAGUAGCCCUUUCGAUGUGCUCGUUGCCGCUCUUGAUCAAUUUAGGGAAGGCUUGUUCUUCGACAUCAGAUUUUCUGAGCCUUUCGAUAACCUACUCUCUGAACAUACCUACAAGUCGUUCACGUUGUCACCGACGCUUGUGCUUUCUUAUCUCCUUCAUCGGAAUGAUGACAAGAAGUCUCUCGGACUCUGGCAUUGCCUCCUUUCAGAAAUAGCUCUACAGGGCGACUUGGCGCUAGAGUCGAUCCCCCCGCUGCUUGCAGCCUCACGACAAGGCCAUCUCCCAACCCAUCUGAAGCCGAAAUUCGACGAACUCGAUGGUUUAUCUGGGGCUCUUCUUGUCAAGGCCUUGACCGGACCUUCAGGAUCGAAUGAAUUAGCCAUCGUACGCCAGCUAUUCCUGUCAUCGGACCAUUUCCUAUCCGAGCCGGGUUUCCUUGCCCUUCUUCGCAGCGUCGUGGAAGCAUUCACUUGGCAGGUCGACUCCGUACUUCGAGGCGACAAAAAGCACGAUGCCUUGUCUUUGCUAAAUUUCGCCCCUUCGUUAGACUUGAUUUCCGCUGUCUUUGCGCAACCUCCCAAAAUGCUGCCCUCGCUGGACGAAUUUGAUGCCUUGCUUCCAAGCAUCUUCUUUUUUGCUUAUCUUCUGCCAUUGUGCCACGGCGUUGAUGACGGUGCCCAUCCUACCUUUGGCGUGGCCCGGGAUCUUUGGACCCAGUGGAUCAAUUUAGCUUCGGUAACACAGAAGGAAAGGGCUGUUGGGGUCAUCAAAGCACAGUUGAAGACAUUCAUCACAGACACUCAAGUUCGGCCACUACCAGAAGAUAUCCUUCAGCUGUUGUCCCAAAACUUGCCUGGGGUCCGGGCCGAGAUUGUCGCUGAGAUAUUCCCAUCGGCCGCAGAAUUAAACGAGAUGCUUGCAGCUAUACCUGCAGAUGCAAUCGAUCCCAGCAUGGGAGUGAUCGAACCACUGAUUCCCCCUGGGUUCUCAGAAAACGAACAGGUUUCUAUUACGGGCGGGACAGACAAACGUGGCUUUUCCUCAUAUGCCCGCAUCGUUGACGCCCUGCUGCGACUAUCCACGCAAGAUCGGAUCCACGCGAAACAAAACCUCUGGGCACUGCGCCACUUCAUCGUUUUGUCUGUCUACGCACGCGAUUUCCAGAGCGUAUCAGCUCCAGUACGUCCAAGUCCAGUCUUUGCUGCCACUAGUGCGUUAGCAGGGGUGGGUGAAGCUUUUGGAAGGGUGGAUCAGAUGACGGCAUACCUCCUUCUUUCCAGUAACGACGAACAAUGGAGGAUUAAAACGCUGAACGCUUUUCUGAGCGGGAUGAAGGAGGAGCUUGUGGGGUUGAGCGCCUUUUUGAUGGACGUGAUUUCUUAUGCGAAAGAAGGUGAUGGUGUGAGGGACACAAGGGUUUUGAGCGUUGUGCUCGAUCGCAUUCUUGGCGACAUUGAUGUGGAAGAGGCUGAUAUGUGGAUACAACUAGCAAGGAAGUUAGAACGUCUUGCACCACAGACUGCGAUGACCAUUGCAGCAGCUAUUGCUGCCACUGGAACUGAACCCCAAAAACUUGACCGCUAUCGCAACGAACUUGCAGCCUCGCUCCUUGGUAUCCGAAGUGAUAUCAACGGGCAGGGGCUGCUGACACUGCGAAAACUAGCCGCAACCGCACCAGAUCCUGACUCAGAAGUAGUAUUUCUGCCACAGGUACGGGCAGUGAACGUUGUCAAAGUAUUUCAGCAGUGGGUUGCGAGCGAUGAUGAAGAUGUUGGAGAGGACGUAGAGAGUGCAAUGAUCCACGUCUACAUUCACCUCACUCCAAUACUCCAAAAUCUGGCCGGCAAUCAUUGGGAGUUCAUCUUUGAUGUUUUGGAAAGCGUACUUGAGAACUCACAAAUCACGGAUGACGAAGCGCUUGUGCCGCUCGCCAAUGCUCUGCGGUUGAUAAUCGUGUUACAGGACCUGACAGUCACUAACAAGCUCCUCAAAGCGGACUGGGAUGAACGUAGUAGCGUGCUAUUGACGAUGGUAAGGGAUAUCGCCCAAAUUAGAUCAGACGCCGCAGCUGCAUCCUUACCACGCUCAACUUGCCGCGAACUCACUUUGUCAAUUGUGCACAAACUGCCACCUUCGCUGAUAGAUCACGAUACAUUAGCAAAUGUUUGCCUUUUCACUCGUCACCCAUGUCAUUUCGUUCACGACGCCGUUUGUCAGAUGUCACAUCUCAUUACAGACUCGUCCGUCGAUGUCCAGAAGAUGGCGUAUCAGCUACUUCGGGUCGCUGCGAGAAAGCGGACAGAAUAUCUAGUCAUCGAAGCGGCAGCGGCCGCCGUCACUGAGGCCGAACGCGAAGAAGAAACGCCUGUGGUACAGGAGAUAAAAGCGGCUGGGUUGAUUCCUGCAGAGCUUUUGGACAUUGUGCAAGGGGAGGCAAGACAUUUCGUCAUAGACGAUGACGAUGACGACGACGAAUUGAGUUUGUUCGGCUGGAUGUUGGGAUGGAUGCUCAUCUUUGAUUUAUUCACGGAUGCGUCCUUCAAAAUUAAAUCGGGCUACGUCGAGCAGCUCAGGAAUUCAAAUCUCAUCGUCACGCAAUUCAUUCCCACAUUGUUAGGUCUCUUGCGACUGGAUGAAGGAUUGCCUAAAGUGUUCAAAUGUGACUCCUGGUUUGUGGAUGAGUUUUACAUUGAACUUUAUGAAACUGGAACACCAUCCAUUACCCUCCGCGUUCUCGCUGCACAUCUCUUCUACCGAGCCCUCCUUUGCGUCCCCUCGCUUAUUCAUACCUGGGUUUUGGACUGCAAAGAUAGACAACUUACAUACUGCGUGACGACCUACACUUCAACAUAUUUCUCACCUGUGCUCAUACGUGCCGAGCUCGCACACGUCCGUUCACCUGAAGCACAGGCCGAGCUGGCGGACGAAAACUUGAGCGUCAAGGUAUCAAUGGCAUUGAACGAGGUCGUGGCUUCGUACCUUGUUGACGAACAUCAGCUGGAGAUAAAGCUCAAGAUUCCAGUGGAUUGGCCUUUGCAUAGGAUUGAAGUCAAGGAUACGAAACCCAGAGGUGUGGAUGAGGAUCGGUGGAGAGCAUGGGUGUUGGCUGUUCAGCAGACGAUUUGGGCUCAUAAUGGGCGCAUAACGGACGGGCUAGGUCUGUUCAAGAAGAAUGUAACAUUGCACUUUGAAGGGCAAGUAGAGUGUGCGAUUUGUUAUUCGAUCAUCAGCGUCAUGGAUGGCAGUUUGCCAAAGAAGCCUUGUAAGACGUGUAAAAAUCGAUUUCACGCGGGGUGUUUAUACAAGUGGUGCAAUUCAAGUCAUUCAUCAAGCUGUCCACUGUGUCGAUCGGAUAUCAUCUAG